GACUAUUCCACCUUACCAGACAAAGCUGGCCCUGGUGAAGCAGGAACUAGGUCUUCACCUAAAGGAACACCUCCAUCUCCCCAGACAUCCACUCCUUUGGUAAAGAAAACCCCAGAGAAGACUCUACAGCUUCCCAGUCCUCCUGAUGAGUGAGUGGUGGUGAGCUGGAACUAGCUCGGAAACACUAUUUUGAGAUGGCCUGCACUGGUAGAGAGGGAGAAGCUGCCAUGUCCAAAGAGCUGAGAUGCAGGCUGGUGAGAAACACUGUCACCAGCAUGAUUUCAAUCUUGAGAGCAAGUCGACAAGGAGAGGAGUUACGAUACCCGUCCAAGUACGAUGUUACUGCCAUGGCUAAGAAACUAGUGGAGUAUUAUCCCACGCUACAGGAUAACGACUUACCUGCCAAAUAUACGAGCAUGUACAGUUAUCUUCAGAAGAGGAUCCUGAAUAUUAAGUCCCCUCGAAAGAGGCAGGGUCCCACACCAGAGAGGGGCCGUUCAAAAAAAAGGCGCCACAUUGAGUUCUCACCAAGUGACCAGGGAGAAGAUGAUGAUGCAGAUUCAAGUGGCGGAUCAACGAUUCUUUUGCCACCAGUGAGCAGUUCUGAUGGCGACAGUUCAGUCAACAUGGAUAGUCUAGCAACACAGGCCAGGCAUUACAAGACUCUGCAGGACCUGUAUAAGAAGCCAAAACCCAACCGAGAUGCUGUUUGCCAAAUUCUUGACCUUGAGUUUCAAUCAAGAAGAGCCUUCAUUGACAGCGAUGUUCUGAAAGAAGAAGAUAGGCCAACAAAGAUUCUAGAGGCAUAUCCAUGUUUCAAGGAGCUUCACAAUGUGAUGGAUGAGCUACGGCGGAUCCUGGAUAAGAACAACAACAAAUUCAUAACUGAAGUAAAGGCAAGAUGGGAGGACUUCUGCUCCAUGGUUCAGUUUUAUGGUCUUUGGAAGAAGGUGUUAAAGCCACUGAUGAACCAAAAUAGAGUGGAAUGCAACAUCGCCCUGUUUAGGGCACUCCCCACACUCUUCCCCUCACCAACUGCGCCACCCAAGAAGCUGGGACAUGCCAGUGAGGCAUUGCUUCAUGUCCUUCAGCCAACAGAAGAUCCAGCCAUCUACCUUCAGAGGAGAUCUCUCUUCAGCCCUGUUUUGCUCUUUGAUGGGUCCCACUGUAUUAUGGCAAUUGGAACCACACCCAUCACCACAUUUGCUGAAGAAGACCUCUGUCAAGGUUUGCUGUAUCUGAUGGCAUACUACUACACCUUGCAUCUCACAUAUCCAAAGUGUGUGGCAACCCUUCUGUCUGUCAUUCAGACUGAAGUGUUAAAGGACAGUAUCCAUGAGCGAGACACCACAAGCUCAUACAAAAAAGCCAUGGCAGAGUGGAAGGCUUUUAUUCAGGAGUAG